AUGAGAAGUAGUCGCCAUGGAGAGGUUUAUAUAUUCGACCAUGUAUUUAAGCAGGAAUGUACAAAUUCAGAUGUAUAUGGAUCUGUAGUAAAACCUUUAGUCGAUUCCUUCAUGGAAGGUUUCAAUGCCACAAUAUUUGCAUAUGGCCAAACAUCUUCUGGCAAAACACACACCAUUUUGGGCAAUAAAACAGAUCCUGGGCUUUUCCAAUUAGUAUCCAAUCAGUUAUUCCAGCAUGUGGCAGACCAGGUUGAUAAGAGGUACUUGAUUAGAUGCAGUUAUAUUGAAAUCUACAAUGAAAAGAUCAAUGACCUCCUGGAUAAGAGCAAUCAGGGUUUAACUAUAAGAGAAGAUAUCAAAGGAAAUGUGCUGCUUGAUGCAAGGGAAGCUGUCGUAGACAAUGUUGAUAAAGUUAUGGAGAACAUGAUGCAGGGCAAUAAGAUCAGACGAGUUGCAGCUACUCGCAUGAAUGAGAGGUCAUCUCGAUCACACACGAUUUUCCGGAUUAUUCUGGAGUCGAAAGAUGCCAAUCAGAAAGAUGGACCUGUACAUAUAAGCUACCUUAACUUAAUGGACUUAGCUGGUUCUGAGAGAGUUUCUCUGACGAAAGCUGCGUGA